GGCAAAUGAUUUUUGUAGGAAGGAAAGCUGGUUUUUGCGAAAUUCACAGUCCAUCUUAUCUUCCAGGGUUAUACGCCGUUACAUAUAUCCGCCCAGUUUGGUCACAAAGAAGUAUUCAAGCUGCUCAUUGAAGUUUAUAAAGCAGAUCCAAAUAUUCGCGACUACAGCGGCCGAACAGCGGAUUACUACUUGAUGUCGAAACAGCAGCAAAAAGGGAUGUCCGGCCAUCACGUGACUUUGCGCAAAAUAAAAGGAAGAAAGAAGCAGUCAGAAAAGGAUUUGGGGUUUCUCAGAAUAGGAUCGUUAAACGUGAGAGUGAAAAAAACUACAGAGGCGUUCAGUAACUUUUUGGGUGUUGGAAGUGGAAGUGCUGCUACAGUCAAUCCUUCGGAUUGCAGCGACAAGAUCCUGAAAGGAUGGGGCUCUGCAGACAACCUGAAUAAGGAAAUGAUGACAGCAGCUUCAAAAAAUGGAGGAGGCAAUUCGAAGAAGAAAUCAAAAAGCAUGAGCAAGCACGAAGUAGGCAGAUACAGCAGCACUCCCAACACUCCGAGAACUCCAAACAGGACCUUCAACUCUGUUCAUGGAAAUGAAUCCGACUCUGAUUCAGCAGCUGGAUUCGACUCGCAUUGGAAACAUUGACAACCCCACUUUGUAUCAUAUCAUUCGAAUUAUAGGAAGAACAGUUGAACAAAGUGAUAAGCCAUAACCACUUUAUGGUCAAAUGAUAUCCAUAUCUGCAGAAGGAACGAUUGCUGCAAGGUGCUGUUCCAACUUUGGUCAUAGACAGUGCCAAUAAACAUACCUGAGAAUAAUGAAGAAACGAUUGAAACUGAAAAAGAGUUUCAGCAGAGAUAACUACAAAAAUGAUAACAACAACUUGGUACGGGCCGGCCGAGAUGUCUUGUGCCUUGUACCAAGUUGAAAACAUACUAGGAAUAUCAAAAAUUUAAAAUGCUUUUACUGACAUGCUUCUUUAAAAGUAAAUGCAUAUUUUAGUUAUACCUACACCUCAUAAUUUACUAAAUAGUAAAAGCUUCUUGUCUUAUUAGACAUUCACAGUAUGUAGUAUGUUACUCUUCAUUUAACACCACCUAAUACACAUUCAUUGCAAAAACAUGUCUGGGACUUACGUGGUUUUUACAUGCACUAUUUGAUGGUGGGUAUUUGAAUUGGUCAUUUCAAAAACAGGACCGGUGUCUGUGUAAAUUGGGAGGCGUAGGAUGCAUCUCAUACAUACAUGUAGGUAAUUUGGGGUGCUGAAUUUGAAUAUCAUCAUAAAAAAAACCUCACAAUAGCGUGGGGUCGAAUUAGGGGUGAAAAAUUUGUAACAAACUUGUGAGAUUGACCUAGAAAACAAGCUUGAAAAAGGUUAUUUACUUGCAACAAUUUGUGGCGAUUUUUUAUUAGUUAUUGUGAUUAGUAGAAUCCUAUUUGACAAACAAACACCUCUAAUGGGAGCAGUAGAAUUUAUUGGAGGAUUAGAGAAUUUGGGAACUGCCACCACUAUGUACACAAUGACACAUUUUUCUAGCUCUGGUACUAAUAUAGUUUGCACCUCAUGAAUGCUGGGUAUAAUGGCGCCAAUAAGAUUAUUCUCAUUUGAACUGACAUAAACGAUGCCACAGACUCCACACGGAUAAACAAAAUGUUCGAAAAUGAGGGUAGCUCUCUGAUUCGCAGUUUGCAUUUGUUGUUGUCACAGUGUGGCUACUCCUAUCUCCUAUGAACGAAUUUUUCUCCAACAAAAAAUCCUUAGUGUUUGACAUGUAAAUGUAUAAAUGUGUAUCUUUUAAAUCGGUUAAUACAGUUGAUGAAAGCUUAGAUAUUUCUAAAUCGGUACGCAAUAUUUUGGCUUAACUACCGUCCAAUGGAUAGCACUGCAAGUAUCUUGAAAGCACCUCGCAGAUUUCAAUGAUUCAUAGAAAACUCGGUAAAUCCUGAUAUAGUUGUAUAAGAGGAAUCUUUGUUUUAUAACAACAAUAAAGAAAAUGUGUAAUAUUACUUAUGGAACACAUAAUAUUCCAAGGAAGAAUCUGAAUUUGUUAACAAAAAUGGGGGAAUUUUAAGCCCGUCGCAGCUAUUUAAGUUUGCUGAAUUUGGAUAAUGCCUUGAUAUUGACAUUUUCGGAUUGAAUGAUAAUGAUUCGCUUUCAGCAGCCAAAAAACGUAUAUUCAUGAUUUGUUUACGUUCCACACUGACUCAUCUUUUGUUCUAUCUGGAAGGUAAUAUGCAUAUUCUGCUCUGCCUUGGGUUCUUCAAGUGCGAGUUUCAUUCCUAAAGAGGCCACUAGAAAGUUUCUGUGUCGGAUUAUCUACGUUAAUCAUUGCUAUCACAAUAUUGCAAUGUUAGCAUCAAUGUGAUAUCCAUUUCGUAUUUUUGAAAUUUGCUUC